GGCUCGAGCUUUCGGGAAAUCGCCGGUAAUUAUGGUGGUUCAUUGCGACGGCUUGAUCAUGAAAGCUGUUCGUCACGAAUCGAAACAAGGGAGCUGGUGAGAGAGAAUGAUUUUUCUCGGGAAAACGAGGGAAAAUUCUUCUUGUAAUAUUGCUCUAAAAGAUGGUGAGUUGUUCUUGGCGAAAUCCACUCAGGAAAUCAUAAAUAACGUUGGAGAUUGCGAAGAAGAUGUGUUUGCUCGGCAAAUCAAAUAGCCCCAGAAAUUUGAUGGAUGACCGUUUGGACACGACAUUGAGCCAACGGCGAGAGGGAGGGGAAAGCAGAAGCGAUACAAAGGCAGACCACCGUAUGUAUCAGACCCAAAUUCAUUUCUCAAAAAAAAAUGAAAUCUUUUCUCUCAGUCUCCACUGCUCCGCAGAUUCGCUCUUCUCAAUUUCUCUCCCUUUCUCGUAGAAAUCCGAUCUAUUUUACCAUCAAAAUCCCAAGUUCUCUCUCCCUGUCCCCACGUAAGAGACGCUGCGCUUUCGUCCCAAUCUGUUCUUCCUCAACCCCACAGAAGCCCUUGAUUUCGAAGGGUUCAUUGGAUUACGAUGGGUUUUCGCAGGAGUCAAUCGGCGAUUUCCAUGAUGAAUCGCCCGAAAAUUUCAGAGUUCAAGUGGGCAGUCCGUCGCCAUCGUCGAUUCUUCGAUCAGCCAAGCUGAGCCUGAGCGAUCAAGCGUUUUUCCUCUUGGCGUUCAUCGCUUGCACGACAUCAGUGGCUUUUACAAGUCUUGUCAUUACAGCUAUACCCACCCUCAAUGCAAUGGGUAGGGCUGCAACUUCCCUUGCAAAACUAGCGGACACUGCUCGUGAAGAGCUGCCGAGCACAAUGGCCGCUAUAAGGCUCUCAGGCAUGGAAAUAAGCGAUCUUACCCUUGAACUCAACGAUUUGAGCCAUGAGAUAGCUGAUGGGGUCAACAAAUCGACUCAAGCUGUUCAAGCAGCUGAAGCUGGAAUCAAACAGAUAGGAGUUCUUGCCCGCCAACAGACUAUGUCGGUGGGUGCGGGUCGGGUAUCAGGAUUUUUGGGAUACCCGGUCUCAGUUUCGCCCCAAGGGUUUUUUUUGGGAACAUUAUCUCGGUCUCAAUCUCACGAGACCCCAGGUUCUCGUGGCCGAAGUCAGGUACCCGCAGAAAAACCCGAGCCCGAACCCGUGGUAUCCGAGUUCUUGGCCUUGUCGCACCUGUAUUCAGCUUUGUUGGUUGUCGGGUACCCUCUGAGACCGGGUAUCCGAAAGCCCGCGGGUCUCGAGUAUCUGCGCCCAGCCCAAGUAUAAAUCACAAUUUGGAACGUCCAUGAUUCAAGAGAGAGCGAGUUUACCGGCAAUAUCGUUGCAACCCGUCGUGAGUGGUGCAGCCAAGAAAACUUCUCGUGCGGUCAGGCAAG